AUGCUUCCGCCCUGUCGGGGCUGCGAGCCAGUGGGCCUCAGUUCCCCGCUCACGUCCCCCGGGCCGGCGUCCAGGGCUGUCCGGGCGCCACCCGCCUGCCUGGUGCCCAGCCUCUUGGCUGGGCUGAUGGCAGAAGAGGAGUCGGGGACGGUGUCGGGCCGGCUCACAGACUAUCUCCGGAGCGUCCAGCUGUGCCGGCUGGAAGAGGUGUCAGCGGGUUCAGAGGAAAGGCGGGAACAGGCUGUGGGCACGUGGGCCUCUCAGGUCAGCCAGGCUGAUGGCCGCGAGCCCCACGGCUCCGCUCAGGGAGAGGCCUGCCUGUCCCGCUUCAACGCCCUCUCUCUGGUCUACCUGCUGUUCCUGCUGCUGCUGCCCUGGUUCCCAGGUCCCCGUCGGCACGGCAUCCCAGGCCACACUCGUCGCCUCCUCCGGGCCCUGCUGGUUUUCAGCCUCCUCUUCCUGGCAGCUCACCUGGCCUUCCAGAUAUGCCUGUACACCAUGCCCCGCCUGGACCAGCUUCUGGGGCCCAGCUGCAGCCCCUGGGAGAUCCUCUCCCGGCACGUGGGGGUCACGAGGCUGGACCUGAAGGACAUCCCCAAUGCCAUCCGGCUGGUGGCCCCCGACCUUGGUGUCCUGGUGGUCUCCUCUGUGUGCCUCGGCCUGUGUGGGCGCCUCGCCCAGGACGCCCAGCCAAGCCAGCGUGCCCAGGAGCUGGACGAUGAUGACAGGGAAGUGGACACCGGCUCCCCAGGGGGGCCUCAGGGAACCCCUGUGCUGGCCCCCACGCGGAGGUUGCAGCUGGCCACCCGGUUCCAGAUCACAGCGCACUGGCUGCUGGUGGCUGCGGGGCGGACCCUGGCCAUCGUGCUGCUCGCGCUGGCAGGCAUCGCCCACCCCUCCGCCUUUUCCAGCGUCUACUUCCUGAUCUUCCUGGCCACCUGCACCUGGUGGGCGUGCCACUUUCCCAUCAGCCCCCUGGGCUUCAGCACACUCUGCGUCAUGGUGGGCUGCUUCGGCGCCAGCCACCUCAUCUGCAUCUACUGCUACCAGACGCCCUUCGCCCAGGCCAUGCUCCCACCGUCCGGCAUCUGGGCCAGGGUGUUCGGUCUCAAGGCCUUAGUGGCCCAGAGCAACUGCUCCAGCCCCAACGUGCUGGUCCUCGAUACGAGCCACGACUGGCCCAUCUACGUGAGCCCCGGAGUCCUGCUGCUUCUCUACUAUACCGUGACCUCACUCCUCAAGCUCCGCACACACCGGCCCUUGAACCAGAGGAAGGAGGCAGCCGGGAGUGAUGAGGAGCAGGAGGUGGAGCUGACCCAGGUGGACCAGUGGCCCCAGGGGCGCUCGUCUCCGCAGUGCAUGCUGCCCACAACCACGGGGUCUGACUGGGAGACUGACAGCUGCACCGUGCAUGACCUGACUGGCCACAGCCCCGUCCAGCAGCGCCCCCUGCGCCCCAGGCUGGCUGAGCCUGAAGAGCCGUCUCCACUACACAGUCUGGGUCAUCUCAUCAUGGAUCAGAGCUACGUGUGUGCCCUCAUUGCCAUGAUGGUGUGGAGCAUCACCUACCACAGCUGGCUGACCUUCGUACUGCUGCUCUGGGCCUGCCUUAUCUGGACCGUGCGCAGCCGCCACCAGAUGGCCAUGCUCUGCUCGCCCUUCAUCCUGCUCUACGGGCUGGCGCUGUGUGGCCUGCGCUACGUGUGGGCCAUGGACCUGCGUCCCGAGCUGCCCACCACCCUGGGCCCUAUGAGCCUGCGUCAGCUGGGGCUGGAGCACACUCGCUACCCUUGCCUGGACCUUGGCGCCAUGUUGCUGUACAUGCUGACCUUCUGGCUCCUGCUGCGCCGGUUCGUCAAGGAGAAGCUGCUGAAGGCGAAGACCCCUGCCGCGCCAACGGAGGUCACCGUGGCCGACACAGAGCCGCCGCGGGUGCGGACGCUGCUGCAGAGCCUGGGGCAGCUGGUCAGCGGCCUGUACGCCAAGUACUGGAUCUACGUGUGCGCCGGCAUGUUCAUUGUGGUCAGCUUCGCCGGCCGCCUGGUUGUGUACAAGAUCGUGUACAUGCUGCUUUUCCUGCUGUGCCUCACCCUCUUCCAGGUCUACUACAGCCUGUGGAGGAAGCUGCUCAAGCUCUUCUGGUGGCUGGUGGUGGCCUACACCAUGCUGGUGCUCAUCGCCGUCUACACCUUCCAGUUCCAGGACUUCCCCAUGUACUGGCGCAACCUGACAGGCCUCACGGACGAGCAGCUGGGGGACCUGGGUCUGGAGCAGUUCAGCGUGUCAGAGCUGUUCUCCAGCAUCCUGGUCCCCGGCUUCUUCCUGCUGGCCUGCAUCCUGCAGCUGCACUAUUUCCACCAGCCCUUCAUGCAGCUUACCGACCUGGAGCACGUGCCCCCACCCGGUGCCCGCCUCCCGCGCUGGGCCCACAGGCAGGACGCGGUCAGUGGGACCCCACUGCUGCUGCAGGAGGAGCAGGAGGAGCCCGGGGAGGAGGGGCCGAUGAGCAUGGCUGGCCCCUGCCCCGCCGUGCAGGGCCCGGAAGGUGAGUCCCACGGGCAGCUGUGAGGUCCCUCUGCCCCGACCCCUGUGAGCCCUCUUCCUCACGGCGCCUCCCCCUUGGCUGCAGCCAGCAAGUGGGGCCUGGUGGCUGAACGGCUGCUGGACCUGGCCUCCGGCUUCUCGGACGUCCUCACCCGAGUGCAGGUGUUGGUGCGGCGUCUCCUGGAGCUGCACGUCUUCAAGCUGGUGGCCCUGUACACCGUGUGGGUGGCUCUGAAGGAGGUGUCGGUGAUGAAUCUGCUGCUGGUGGUGCUCUGGGCCUUCGCCCUGCCCUACCCCCGCUUCCGGCCCAUGGCCUCCUGCCUGUCCACCGUGUGGACCUGCAUCAUCAUCGUGUGCAAGAUGCUCUACCAGCUCAAGGUCGUCAGCCCCCACGAAUACUCCAGCAACUGCACCGAGCCCCUCCUCAACAGCACCAACCUGCAGAAGGCGGAGAUCAAGCAGUCCUUGCUGUACCGGGGGCCCGUCGACCCUGCCAACUGGUUUGGGGUGCGGAAGGGCUUCCCAAACCUAGGCUACAUCCAGAACCACCUGCAGGUCCUGCUGCUGCUGGUGUUCGAGGCCAUCAUGUACCGGCGCCAGGAACACCACCGCCGGCAACACCAGCUGGGCCCGCUGCCCGCCCAGGCCGUAUGUGCCGACGGCACCCGCCAGCGGCUGGACCAGGACCUGCUCAGCUGCCUCAAGUACUUUGUCAACUUCUUUUUCUACAAAUUUGGGCUAGAGAUCUGCUUCCUGAUGGCCGUGAACGUGAUUGGGCAGCGCAUGAACUUCAUGGUCAUCCUGCACGGCUGCUGGCUGGUGCUCAUCCUCACCCGCCGGCGCCGCGCAGCCAUCGCUCGCCUCUGGCCCAACUACUGUCUCUUCUUGGCGCUCUUCCUGCUCUACCAGUAUCUGCUGUGUCUGGGCAUCCCCCCCGCCCUGUGCAUCGACUACCCGUGGCGCUGGAGCCAGGCCAUCCCCAUGAACUCAGCGCUCAUCAAGUGGUUGUACCUGCCCGACUUCUUCAGAACCCCCAACUCCACCAAUCUCAUCAGUGAUUUCCUGUUGCUGCUGUGUGCCUCCCAGCAGUGGCAGGUGUUCUCCGCCGAGCGCACGGAGGAGUGGCAGCUCAUGGCCGGCAUCAACACUGACCACCUGGAGCUGCAGCUGGGCGAGCCCAGUGCCGUGCCCAACUUCAUCUACUGCAGGUCCUACCUCGACAUGCUGAAGGUGGCCGUCUUCCGCUACCUCUUCUGGCUGGUGCUGGUGGUGGUGUUUGUUACGGGGGCCACGCGCAUCAGCAUCUUCGGGCUGGGCUACCUGCUGGCCUGCUUCUACCUGCUGCUCUUCGGCACCAGCCUGUUGCAGAAGCACACGCGCACCCGCCUCGUGCUGUGGGACUGCCUCAUCCUGUACAACGUCACCGUCAUCAUCUCUAAGAACAUGCUCUCGCUCCUGUCCUGCGUAUUCGUGGAACAGAUGCAGAGCAGCUUCUGCUGGGUCAUCCAGCUGUUCAGCCUCGUGUGCACCGUCAAAGGCUACUACGACCCCAAGGAGAUGCUGAGCAGGGACCGGGACUGCCUGCUGCCCGUGGAGGAGGCUGGCGUGCUCUGGGACAGCGUCUGCUUCCUGUUCCUGCUGCUGCAGCGCCGUGUGUUCCUCAGCCGCUACUUUUUGCACGUGCGUGCGGAGCUCCAGGCCACCGCCCUGCAGGCCUCCAGGGGCUUCGCGCUGUACAACGCCGCCAACCUCAAAAGCAUCGAGCUCCACCGCAAGGCCGAGGAGAAGUCCCUGGCCCAACUGAAAAGGCAGAUGGAGCGUAUCCGCGCCAAGCAGGAAAAGCACAGGCAGGGCCGGGCGGGCCACAGUCACUCCCAGGACCCCCCAGACCCCACCCAGGAGCCAGGGCCUGGCAGUCCAGGGGGCUCCUCCCCACGGAGACAGUGGUGGCGGCCCUGGCUGGACCACGCCACAGUCAUCCACUCGGGGGACUACUUCCUGUUUGAGUCGGAUAGUGAGGAGGAGGAGGAGGCCGUGCCCGAGGACCCCAGGCCAUCAGCACAGAGUGCCUUCCAGAUGGCCUACCACGCGUGGGUGACGAACGCGCAGACGGUGCUGAGGCAGCAGCGGGAGGACCAGGAGAGGCAGGAAGGGGCGGAGCAGCUGCCCACAGGAGGCGGCCCAGGCCAGGGGGCAGAGCCAGCGGACGGCCCGGAUGAGGCAGUGGCAGCUGGCCCCAGCCACGUGAUGCAGCGCGUGCUGAGCACCCUGCAGUUUCUGUGGGUGCUGGGGCAGGCGCUGGUGGAUGGACUGACGGACUGGCUGCUCACCUUCACACGGCACCACCGCGCCAUGAGUGACGUGCUGCGUGCCGAGCGCUACCUGUACAAGCAGGGGCUGUGUGGGGGCAAAGAGGUGCAGCGCAGCUUGGUGGAGCAGCCGUACAGCAGCGAGGCCGAGGCCGCACCUCCAGGCCCCUUGGGAACCCGAGACGCACCGAGUACAGCAUCGAGCGGGCUGAGGGCCGAGGAGCCGCUGAACACUGCGACGGAGAACCUCGGUGGCCCGCGGGGCAUGGGGUACCACACCCGGGGCGGCAGCGGCGGCGAGGUGGCCCCCGAGCCUGGGGCUUCCCCGCACAGCUCCCGGGAGCUUCCUGUUGGCGCCGCUACCCGGACGCGCACAGCCAGCGAGCUGCUGACCAGGCAGCAGCGCAUCGAGGAGCUGGAGGAGGCCGCCCAGUUCGAAGCCGGGCAGGGCCGGGCCCUGCGGCUGCUGCGGGCUGCAUACCAGUGCGUGGCGGCCCACUCGGAACUGCUCUGCUACUUCAUCAUCAUCCUCAACCACAUGGUCACCGCCUCGGCCACCUCCCUGGUGCUGCCUGUGCUUGUCUUCCUGUGGGCCAUGCUGUCCAUCCCAAGGCCCAGCAAGCGCUUCUGGAUGACGGCCAUCAUCUUCACCGAGGUGUCCGUGGUCACCAAGUACCUGUUCCAGUUUGGCUUCUUCCCCUGGAACACGCAUGCCGUGCUGCGGCGCCACGAGAACAAGCCGUAUUUCCCGCCACGCAUCCUGGGCUUGGAGAAGACGGAGAGCUACAUCAAGUACGAUCUGGUGCAGCUCAUGGCCCUCUUCUUCCACCGCUCGCAGCUGCUGUGCUACGGCCUCUGGGACCACGAAGAGGGCCAGCUCUCCAAGGAGCAGGAUCAGGGCAGUGGGAAGAAGGGGGCUGAGGAGGAGCGGGCACCGCUGGGACCCCAGACUGAGGCGGUCACGGGGCCCCAGGGAGAGCCAGCAGUGGCUGGGGCCCUCACCCAGGACCACAUCCGGGCAGAAGCAGGGGACGGGCCUGCAGAGCCUCCUGUAGAGCUCAAGCCCCGAGACACGAAGCGUAUCAGCCUGCGCUUCAGGAAGAAAAGGAGGGAGACCCCUGGUGGGAGGGGGUCUCGGGUUGGUUGGAGUCUGAGCUGCACUCAGCUCUCUGGGGGCUCCGGUCAGCAGUGGCUGCUCCCCACAGAAGGUGUGACGGCAGCCUCUGGGAGAGAGAAGUGGAGUCGCCCCCGGGAAAGAGUGACAGCCGUGGGGCUCCGACUGCAGAGCUUCUGCCUGGCCAUGGCCCAGAGCGUGUACCAGCCCCUGCGGCGCUUCUUCCACGAUAUCCUGCACACCAAGUACCGUGCGGCCACCGACGUCUACGCGCUCAUGUUUCUGGCUGACGUGGUCGACUUCAUCAUCAUCAUUUUUGGCUUCUGGGCCUUUGGGAAACACUCGGCAGCUACAGACAUCACGUCCUCGCUGUCAGACGACCAGGUGCCAGAGGCCUUCCUGGUCAUGCUGCUCAUCCAGUUCAGCACCAUGGUCAUCGACCGUGCCCUCUACCUCCGCAAGACCGUGCUGGGCAAGCUGGCCUUCCAGGUCGUCCUGGUGCUGGCCAUCCACCUCUGGAUGUUCUUCAUUCUGCCUGCCGUCACCGAGAGGAUGUUCAGCCAGAACGCAGUGGCCCAGCUGUGGUACUUCGUCAAGUGCAUCUACUUCGCCCUGUCCGCCUACCAGAUCCGCUGCGGAUACCCCACCCGCAUCCUUGGCAACUUCCUCACCAAGAAGUACAACCACCUGAACCUCUUCCUCUUCCAGGGGUUCCGCCUUGUGCCGUUCCUGGUGGAGCUUCGGGCCGUAAUGGACUGGGUGUGGACAGACACCACACUGUCCCUGUCCAGCUGGAUGUGCGUAGAGGACAUCUACGCCAACAUCUUCAUCAUCAAGUGCAGCCGCGAGACUGAGAAGAAAUACCCACAGCCCAAGGGGCAGAAGAAGAAGAAGAUCGUCAAGUACGGCAUGGGCGGCCUCAUCAUUCUCUUCCUCGUGGCCAUCAUCUGGUUCCCGCUGCUCUUCAUGUCCCUGGUGCGCUCUGUGGUCGGCGUCGUCAACCAGCCCAUCGACGUCACGGUCACCCUCAAGCUGGGUGGUUACGAGCCCCUGUUCACCAUGAGCGCCCAGCAGCCGUCCAUCGUGCCGUUCACACAGCAGGCCUAUGAGGAGCUGUCCAGACAAUUUGACCCUAACCCACUGGCCAUGCAGUUCAUCAGCCAGUACAGCCCCGAGGACGUCGUCACGGCGCAGAUCGAGGGCAGUUCCGGGGCGCUGUGGCGCAUCAGCCCGCCGAGCCGGGCCCAGAUGAAGCGGGAGCUAUACAAUGGCACGGCUGACAUCACCCUGCGCUUCACCUGGAACUUCCAGAGGGACCUGGCCAAGGGCGGCACCGUGGAGUACACCAACGAGAAGCACACCCUGGACCUGGCCCCUAAUAGCAGUGAGCGGCGGCAGCUGGCCAGCCUGCUUGAAGGCACCUCCGACCAGUCCGUGGUCAUCCGCAACCUCUUCCCCAAGUACAUCCGGGCCCCCAACGGGCCUGAAGCCAACCCUGUGAAGCAGCUGCAGCCCAACGAGGAGGAAGACUACCUCAGCGUGCGCAUCCAGCUGCGGAGGGAGCGCGUGGCCGCAGGGGCCACUGGCUUCCUCGAGUGGUGGGUCAUCGAGCUGCAGGACUGCCAGGCCGAGUGCAACCUGUUGCCCAUGGUCAUCUUCAGUGACAAGGUCAGCCCGCCCAGCCUGGGCUUCCUGGCUGGCUACGGGAUCAUGGGGCUCUACGUGUCCAUCGUGCUGGUCAUUGGCAAGUUCGUGCGCGGCUUCUUCAGCGAGAUCUCGCACUCCAUCAUGUUCGAGGAGCUGCCGUGCGUGGACCGCAUCCUCAAGCUCUGUCAGGACAUCUUCCUGGUGCGGGAGACGCGGGAGCUGGAGCUUGAGGAGGAGCUUUAUGCCAAGCUCAUCUUCCUGUACCGCUCGCCCGAAACUAUGAUCAAGUGGACCCGCGAGAAGGAGUAGGAGCAGGGCUCCUGCACCCACGCAUGAAGGAGCCGCCCAGCACAUUGCUGGGCGCAGACACCCCAGCCCCGGCCGCCCUGCCCUGACGCUGCUGCCAGAAGGAAGCUGGGGCCCCUGUUCGGCCCGGCACAGGGCCCAGCGCAGCCGGCACACUGGGCCAGGGGCUCCAGCCUUCCCUUCCCCAUGCGUACUGUAGGGUUUU